UAACCUGAACAGUAAAGCGCUCGUGGGACGGAGCUGCAUGGAGACAGCUUCCUCCUUUCCCACAGCGUGGAGUUGCCAGGGAACUGGAGUGAACCUGCAUGCACUUUCUCUCUUAUCAGGUCCCCUCCUUUGGAGGGAUCUUGCGUUUUCGCCUACUGGAAUAAAACAACAACUUUACUUUGGUUGGAUUAAGCUUGUGAACUGGUGGAUUUACAGAGACUUGAAAAGAGUGAGCAGACCUGGAGGUUAACUGCGCAGGCUAACGUUCCCAGCACAGGCUUGAAUUUCUAAACAUUAUCUCAAGAUCAGAGGAUUAUCGACACAGAGGAAGCUUAUUCACACUUGAGCGCAUCUUCAUUUCCUGGGAACAUGGUAGACAGUUUGAUUGUAUCUUUACGAUUGGUCAGCUCCAUUGUUUUCUUAGGACUUCAGCUAGUUGUCUCUCAGCUGUCAAUUGACCACAGAAAGGUUCCACAAAGGAUAGAACAAGAAACCAAUGCUGCUUCUAAUAUCAGUGCAAGGCAUACGGGUACAUGGGGCAGCUGGGGCCCAUGGUCAGCUUGCUCUAGAAGUUGCAGUGGCGGGGUCAUGGAACAAACGAGGCCCUGCCUUCCACUCAACUUUCAUGAAAGGAGUUUUCAAGUCCCCAGUCAACAGUAUGCAACGGGAGAAAGAAGUCAGACCCAUGUAAAUGCUCUUAAUCAAGACACUGCACAAAAUCCAUACCCUGGCCAUGUUGUUUCGGCCAUUCGGUCAUCAGUUCCGCUUCACAGGAGGGGAGACAACCCCAGGUUUAGUCUUUCAACUUCAGGGGAUUCAAACCAAAGUCAUAUUGGCAGAGGAAUUGGAAGAGGAAAUCGACAGUCACAUGGACAGGUUCCCAGCGCAGAGAAAAGAAACAGAACAAGAACACAAAUAAGCCCAGGCUCCUAUGGUUAUGGAAGAGUGCCUUACAUAUUACCACUACAAAGUGACUCAGGUCAAGAGGUCAGAAGAACAAAAAGACAGCGCCAAUCAAGUCGCAGUUCUGCCUAUGAACAAAAUGCAGGUCAAAGACAAAAUCUCCCUCAUCACCUAUCAACCCAUCAUGGAACCUUUUACCAAGAAGAAGUCGUUCCACCACCCCGGUCACAGAUGUUAGAAACUCCAUUUAAUCAGCGGGCGCCUCCCUAUUCACAGACUGCACCAGCAUCACAAAGUUUAUUUCCUGAUGCUUUAAACCAUGGCUCGACAUCUCUCCAGCUGCUCCAAGAUAAACCUUCAGCACAACGUGGUGCCACAGCCAUCAGUUGCAUUGGGGCCUACAAACAAUACAAGCUUUGUAAUAAAAAUCUGUGUCCUGGGAAUAACAGAGGCAUCAGGGAAGUGCAGUGUGCAUCAUAUAACAACAAGCCAUUUAUGGGCCGUUUGUAUGAAUGGGAACCAUUUGUAGAAGGGAAAGGAGCUCAGAAGUGUGAAUUAACAUGCAGAGCAAUGGGCUACAGGUUCUAUGUGAGGCAAGCUGAAAAGGUAAUAGAUGGGACACCAUGCGACUCAAACGGAACAGGGAUCUGUGUUUCUGGGCAGUGUAAGAAUAUUGGCUGUGAUGAUUACUUGGGGUCAGAUAAAGUUGUGGACAAAUGUGGAAUCUGUGGAGGAGAUAACACAGCCUGUAAAGUGGUAUCUGGUGUUUUCAAGCAUGUCUUAUCUAAAGUUGGGUACCACAAAAUUGUUGAAAUUCCCGAAGGUGCUAUGAAAAUCAAUAUCACAGAGAUGGCAAAAAGUAAUAACUACUUGGCCCUUCGGAGUCGAUCAGGCAGAUCAAUCAUCAAUGGAAACUGGGCAAUUGAUAGACCUGGGAAAUAUGAAGGAGGAGGUACAAUGUUCAUAUACAAGAGGCCAAAUGAAAUAUCAAGCACUUCUGGUGAAUCAUUUUUAGCUGAAGGUCCAACAAAUGAAGUACUAGAUGUUUAUAUGAUCCAUCAGCAGCCAAACCCUGGAAUUCAUUAUGAAUAUGUCCUUCCAGCAACAAAUGCUAUCAGUCCACAGUUACCUCCUCAUUACAGACCAGGUGAACCAUUCAAUGGACAGUUAGAUGUAACAGAUCCCUCAAUUCCUAAGGAGGGCAGAGAUUCCUUUGGUCAUGUAGACCCUCAUAAUAGUCAGGAAUCAUUUAAUGCCAGGCAGCCUGGAAGGUCUCCAUCACAUCAGCCAGACAAUCAAGUGCCGCCAGUGCAACCACCAAGACGUAACCGAGACUACAAUUGGAAGCAAACUGGGUCAACUGAGUGUUCAGCAACAUGUGGGAAAGGAUCACGUUACCCUGUCUUCCGCUGUGUAAACCGAAAUACACUUGAAGAGAUGACAGACACUUUUUGUGACUCCAGCACUAAACCUAGUCCAGAUGAAGAACCAUGCAAUCUGUUUCCAUGUCCUGCUUUCUGGGAUAUAGGAGAAUGGUCGGAGUGCAGUAAAACAUGUGGUUUGGGUAUGCAACAUCGACAAAUCCUAUGCAGGCACAUCUAUGCUAACCGUACCCUUACAGUGCAGCCGAAUCGCUGUCAAGCCCUAGAAAAGCCAGAGACCACUAGCACCUGUCAGCUAAAAAUCUGCAGUGAGUGGCAAAUCCGGACAGAAUGGACACCUUGUUCUGUGCCCUGCGGCGUUGGGCAAAAGACCCGUGAUGUAAAAUGCGUCAGUAACAUUGGAGACAUUGUUGACGAUGAAGAAUGCAACAUGAAGCUAAGGCCAGAUGAUAUUGAAAACUGUGAUAUGGGCCCAUGUGCCAAAAGUUGGUUCCUUACUGAAUGGAGUGAUCGAUGUUCUGCAGAGUGUGGUGAAGGAGUACGUACACGAUCAGUAGUCUGCAUGUCCAAUCAUAUCAGCAGUUUGCCAUUAGAAGGUUGUGGAAACAAUCGACCUCCUGAAACUAUAGCCUGUGAUAAUGGUCCCUGUGAUGGCAAAGUUGAGUGGUUCACUGGCAGUUGGAGCCAGUGCUCAGUUGAAUGUGGUACUGGAACUCAACAGAGAGAUGUAAUUUGCAUUAGAAAGAGCGCCGAGGGUUUCACUGUGGUAGAUCCAUAUGAAUGCUCAUACCUAGAAAAACCUCCAAAUCAGCAACCUUGUCACCUUAAAUCCUGUGGUGCAAAGUGGUUUUACACUGAAUGGAGCACAUGUUCAAAGUCCUGCGAAGGCGGGUUCAGAGUCCGUGAGGUGCGAUGUCUUUCUGAUGACAUGACACAUAGUGACAAGUGUGAACCAGACCUUAAACCAGAGGACACAGAGACGUGUAACCCUCAGGACUGCAUACCAGAAAUAGAUGGAAACUGCAAAGAUAAAUACUACAACUGCAAUGUGGUAGUCCAGGCCAGACUAUGUGUAUAUGCGUAUUACAAGACAGCAUGUUGUGCUUCCUGUGUAAGAGCAGCCACCCGGCAAUCAGGUUUCCUUGGCAGAAGAUAACAUCUGCUCAACCCAAAACAACAGCAAAUAAAAACAGGGAACCAGUGUUAAUGACUGUUUGGUUCUCAUUUGUCAGAGACAGAUACUCAUCAACAUUAUCUACAUGUGGAAAAGGAUUUGCCAUCCGGUACUCCGGUUAGAAUCAUCACAACUUGUAUAGGAAAAUUUUUUUUAAUUGUGUGAUCUGUGAUUUUCACACAACGCUAUAAUAAAUUAGACUAUUGUGCAAACUGUCGGAAAAAUGCAUCCCAAUGCAACUAAAAUAGUCUUUGAGGAGACAAUAAAGAUGCACAGAUCUGGCAUUAUUUUUAUUACUUGGGUAAUUGUGGUAUUUCUUAACAUUUUGAUGUAUUUUUAUUCUGUUGAGAUUAAGAUUAUCUAGGGAUUUGGAUUAACAAUUUUGUAAAUAAGAAUGAAUAUUUUGUUUUUCUUUUAUAUAGGGAACCAAAUUGUUAUUUUUUUUUAAACCAAUGAGAGGUAGUAGGUUUGCUGUUGUUGCUAGACAUGAAUUUAUUAUAUACAAUAAUUGUAAAAUUAAUUAUAUUACUUUUUUUUUUAAUUUGCACAGAUCACAAAACCCCUUGACAUUGCAGACAAGUUGUUAAGUCUGAUUUGUGCAUUUCCUGAUUGUAAAUGAAAAGAGACAAUGUUAAAAACACAGAUUUGUAUGUUCUAUAUUUUAUAAUAACAUUAUAUGACCCCAACCUUAAAAUGGCUUUGUCCACAUACUUUCAACAAGCUCUAAAAUGUCAGUUUGUUAAUUACAUCAGAGUGCAAAAUAGUAUCUAAGACUUGAACAGUAUGGUUGACAUUGUCAAUGCUAUUGGGCUAAAUAAUUGACCUCCAGCAAACAAGGAAAACUCUUCUGUUGUGGGCAUUAAACAAAAUGUACUCUAUUCACUAGAGUAUUCAUGGCUUUUCCUUGCUUCGUCCAUAUUUUAAGAUUUCCUUGUAUGUUUUAUUAUUUUUCAGUUAAUGUUAAUCUUAAAUUUGUCACAUCACUCAUAUUACAGUCUACUAUAUAUUUAAUGUGCUGUUUGUAUGCAAAUUUGUUCUAUUACUAUUUAAUCCACUUCUUGAAGCAGUUUAAUGUACUUUUGGUCUCAUUUUAAAGGGACAGUCUACACCAGAAUUGUUAUUAUUUUAAAAGAUAGAUAAGCCCUUUAUUACCCAUUUCCCAGUUUUGCAUAACUAACACAGUUAUAAUAAUAUACUUUUAAACUCUGUGAUUAUCUUGUAUCUAAGCCUCUGCAAACUGCCCCUUUUUCAGUUCUUUUGAAAGACUUGCAGUCUAGCCAAUCAGUGCCUUCUCCCAGAUAACUUCUCGUGCACGAGUACAGUGUUAUCUAUAUGAAAUAUGUGAACUAACACCCUCUAGUGGUGAAAAACUGUUAAAAUGCAAUCUGAAAGAGGUGGGCUUCAAGGCCUAAGAAAUUAGCAUACAAACCUCCUAGGUUAAGCUUUCAACUAAGAAUACCAAGAGAACAAAGCAAAAUUGGUGAUAAAAGUAAAUAGGAAAAUUGUUUAAAAUGACAUGCUCUAUCUGAAUCAUGAAAGUUUAUUUUGGCCUAGACUGUCCCUUUAAUUAAAGGAUAAUGUAAAGCCCAUUUGUCACUAUAGCCUCUGAAAAAAAAGUGCUCUUUGCAAAGUUACAACAAGCAGUCUGUUCCAAACUAGUUAAGCAAUGGAACUGUCUUGAGACUUCAAAACAUAAAUGAAACACUUAACGCUAACAAACAGUUGUCAAGCAACCCAUAAUCUCCCUCACAGUUAAAGGGACACUCAAGGCAGCAAGUGCACAAACUCACAGGGUAUACGUAUGCUAAUCUGUAAUUGGUUUAUGUCUGUCACAUGAUACAGGGGACCAGAAAAUAGGAGAAAAAAAUUAAUUUACCAGAAAAAAAGUCUACUGCUUUUUUGAGAUUCAGAGUAAGUGUUAGUGUAUUGUCUUUUUAUUAUGCACUUGUUAAUUAUGCAACUCUACUGUAUUUAGUGGUACUUUAAUAAUAAAGGUUCUCCACAGAUUAACUGCAAUUCAUUCCAAUCACUUAAGACUUUUAUUUCUAUAUAGAAUAUACACACACAUAUAUACAGGGGUGGAAAAAUAUCACUUUAAUUUUCUAGUCAAAGUUUAAAAGUUACUAGCUCGUUUUAUUUAAAAGUUAUGUGCCCUCCCUAUGACACUACCACUUUAAAUGUCCUGCUUGGUUAAAGGGACAUAAGAAAAAAGCAGUAGGUUAUACUUAAUAAAAAUCAUUGCAAUAUACAUUAUUAAUUAUUUUAGAAGGAAUUUAUUUUUAUUUGUUUUAAAACUUCAUUUGUACAGUGUCCAUUACUUCAUGCCACAGCCCCAGAAGAGGGCUGGGGUCUCUACUGGAAGACAAAGUAGCAGUUUUUCCUUUGUUGCUAAGAGACAUCUAAUCAAUCAGUUUUUUUUUAAUUAUAAUUUUUAUUGAUAUUUUAACAUAAAUAUACAGACUUGCAUUUCAUCAUAAAAGGAAGAAGGAAAAAGAAAAAAAAAACAAUUCUUGUCUGCUGAACAAACAGAUUUGUGCUAUUAUUCUCUCCCAAUUAUAACUUCUUUAUCUAUAAUUGAACAAACCCAACAAAAGAAAAACAAAAAUAAACACAAAUGUAUUGAAAAAAAAAUCGCAUAGGCUCUUUAUAUAUCUGACUAUCACUUCUCCUAUCUAAUUCAUAGCCACUCUCCCCUGAGCCUACUCUCCAUUAUAUAUAUAGUAUUUUCAAAUCUGGAAAUAAGGUCCCUUUGUAUAUUUCUAUCCUGUGUCUUAAUCCAGAAUUUCCAUUUUUCAAAGAAUCUACCCACGUUUAUCUCUAGAUUAUACCAAAUAUCAUUCUGCUCGAUCAGAAAUUGUUUCUGCACAAUAGUUUUCAAUUCUUUAAGUGUAGGUGCCCUUUCGCUCUUCCACCCUUUAAGAAUCAAAUUCCUACUUAGAAUAAUUAACAUUGAGAGGAAGAUUUUACACUGUGUAGCUUCCGUCUUUUUAAAGCUUAAAAAUAUAACAUGGUCUGCUUGUAAUACCAGAUGUAUCUUACAAAUUCUGUUAGCCCAAAAAAUCACCAUUUUCCAGAACCUUUGUAGUUUAGGGCAUGCCCAGAGGCAAUGUAUUAAGUUAGCCUUACUCAUUUUACAUUUCUCGCACUUAUAUCUCUCAUGAUCCUUCCCCCAUUUAGACAUUGUUUCAGGUGUAAUAUAUGUCAUCCAAAUUAUUUUAAUGUGCUGUUCACGUAGAGUCAUAGCUAGUAUAGUCUUUUCUACUGUUAUUAUGCUUUUUAACAUCAUCUCUGUUGUCAUAUUUGGAAAAUACAUGUCCUUCCAUCUUAGUGUAAUUUUCUCUAUCUGAUCUUUAUGUUCAGUUUGUUUGAUAAUAUUAUACAAACCUGAUAUGGAGAAAUUGUUAUUUUUAAAUGCGCUAACUACUGGUUUUAAGGCUUGAUAUUCCCAUGUUUUCCCAUGUGCUCUCAUAAGUUUCAAGCAAUAGUCUCUAAUUUGUAUGUAUGCAAAAUAGUGUUCUUUCUUAAACUGAAAUUGUUCCUGGGCUUUCUUAAAUUCUAUAACCUUAGGAAUAGCCCCUUCCCUGUCUAUUAGCUGUGCGACAUUAAUUAGACCGUGUUCUUCCCAUUCUGAGCCAACAUUUGUUAGAAAGCCUAAUUGGAAUUCUUGAUUUCCCUUAAUAGUCAGAUAUUGUGAGACCGCAAACUUUAUAUUUAGUUUAUUACAUAUUUUAUGCCAUGCUAAUAUUGGAUCUUUUAAUAAAUUUAUUCUUUUAAUGUAUAUGGGCAAUUUAUUACUUUCCAUAUGUACUAAGUUUUUCAGACAUAAUGGUUUAGCUAAUUGACUUUCUAUCUUUAGUAUGGUGAAAUGUCCUAUAUCUAACAACCAAUCUAUGGCUAUUUUCCCUACCGCCACUAGGUUAUAAUUUCCAAUAUCUGGUAAGGCCAUUCCUCCCAGUUUUUUUGGGAGUGUUAAUUUUCCUUGAUUUAAUCUAGCUUUCUUUUCCCCCCACAAAUAUGUUUUAAUAGCAGUGUUUAUUUUCUUCCUUUCUGUUUUUUUCAAUAAUAAAGGGAUAUUUUGGAAAAUAUAUAGUAAGCGAGGUAAUGCAACCAUUUUUAAAAGGUUUAUUUUACCAUAUAAAGACAGGGGAAGGGUUUUCCAAUUUUUAAGAGUGUCAAUAAAUUUGCGAGUUGCUUCUUUUAUAUUUAACAUAUAUAUUUCUUCUGGGUCUGCUGAGAAUUUUAGGCCCAAGUAUACUAUUGAAUGUUUUAUUUCCUUGAAGCACUGGGUGUCUGAGUCCUUGUUUCUAUGCAGCCAUAAUAUGUCUGAUUUGUGUUUAUUAAUUUUAUAACCGGAAAAUGACCCAAACUGAUCUAUUAAUUGACAUAAUAUUUUAAAAUUCCUUGAAGACUGUCUGGUAAAUAUCAAAAGAUCAUCUGCAUAAGCUGCUAUUUUAAUCUCUGUUUCCCUAAUAUUUAUUCCUGGAAUCUUUAUUCUAAUUGCAUUUAAUAAAGGUUCUAGGGCCAGGUUAAAAAUUAAAGGGGACAGUGGGCACCCUUGCUGAGUUCCUCUCAGAAGAGGAAAGGAUGUUGUUUUGCAUUUAUUUAUAAUUAGGGCCGCUUGGGAUUUCCUAUACAGUAAUUCAAUUGUGUUAUAACAAUUCCCGGAAAAUCCAUAUUUGCUUAAUGUUGUAAAUAUGUGGUCCCAGACUAUAGAGUCGAAGGCUUUAUGUGCGUCUAGAGCUACUACUGAUAAGUCUGCUUCUUCUAUUUUUUUGUUAUAUUUCUUGUUAUACCAUACAUCUGUUAUUGUUAUAUAUAAUUUUCUCAAAUUAAUAUUAGAUGAGCGUCCUUUCAUAAAGCCAGUCUGGUCCUGAUGGACUAAUCCCCCCAAUAUCAAUUGUAAUCUUUUGGCUAUUAUACUUGUAAUUAACUUAUAGUCGGUAUUUAAUAGGGAAAUUGGUCUGUAUGAUUCUAAUAAUUGUGGGUCUUUCCCUGGUUUAGGUAUAAUAAUUAUUAUGGAUUCAUUGAAGUCUUGGGAAGGUAUCAAUUGUCCUGUCCAAAAUUUAUUAAGAAGAAGUGUUAUUGUGGGUGUAAUUUCAUUUAUUAAUAUUUUAUAAAAUUCUGGGGGGAGUCCAUCAGGACCAGCAGCCUUAUUAUUAGCUAAACUUUUAAUUGAUUGCAUUACUUCCUCCUCCGAGAAAAAAAAUUGUGAAAAAGUGAACAAUUUUUUUUAUUUGAUCUCAUUUGGCGGUGAAAUGGUGGCAUGAAAUAUACCAAAAUGGGCCUAGAUCAAUACUUUGGGUUGUCUUCUAAAAAAAAAUAUAAACAUGUCAAGGGAUAUUCAGGGAUUCCUGACAGAUAUCAGUGUCCCAAUGUAACUAGCGCUAAUUUUGAAAAAAAGUGGUUUGGAAAUAGCAAAGUGCUACUUGUACUUAUUGCCCUAUAACUUGCAAAAAAAGCAAAGAACAUGUAAACAUUGGGUAUUUCUAAACUCAGGACAACAUUUAGAAACUAUUUAACAUGGGUGUUUUUUGGUGGUUGUAGAUGAGUAACAGAUUUUGGGGGUCAAAGUUAGAAAAAGUGUGUUUUUUUCCAUUUUUUCCUCAUAUUUUAUAAAAAAUUUUUUAUAGUAAAUUAUAAGAUAUGAUGAAAAUAAUGGUAUCGUUAGAAAGUCCAUUUAAUGGCGAGAAAAACGGUAUAUAAUAUGUGUGGGUACAGUAAAUGAGAAAAUCACAGCUAAACACAAACAAUGCAGAAAUGUAAAAAUAGCCCUGGUCCUUAAGGGAAAGAAAUUGAAAAAUGGCCUUGUCCUUAAGAGGUUAAGAGACUAUUGUAUAAUUAUGUGUUUGAGUAAAGCAUAUGCAUACAAGAAUAAAAAUUGUCUGUGAGUAUGUGUAAAAUUGUAAGUGUAUGUUGGGAUGGAAAAAGAGAGAGAUGUAAUAUCACAUAGGUGCUGCCCCAUUCUUCAGAGAUUGUGUGAUCGUAUCUCUUUUUGACUGCUAACAUUAAGUAGCUUGGUAAUCAUGUUUUCCGCUAUGUUAGAAAAAGAAUUCGUGGUCAUUGAGAGGUCAAUCCUAGUAGGUGGGGUCUGAAGAAGGGGCAUAGUUUCUGCUCUACCAACUUAAAACUUCACCAGCUGCCACUGCUAGGGUGGCCAAAAAAAAGCAAAUUCUGUAACUAAAAGAGCUGUUUUGGCCAUUUUUUUUUUAAAAACCUGGGUUCUUGUAUUUGAUGCCAUCAGAUGUAACUCAUUCUUUGUUGCAGUAAUAAAUCAAUAUAGAUACAAAUCUUUUCUUUUCAGCUCUCAAGUUUGAAGGUAAAAAUUGGCUUUGCACGUAAUGUAUGCGCAUUCUUUAUAUUUAUGACUUUGAUAAUGCUGUAAAUUACUUUUCUUGUAUAUGAAAUAUAAUUUGAAUGAGGGAUUGAAGGCAAUGCUAAAUUGUAAUACAAAUUGCAGAAACUGUAAGACAAAACAUGGUUGCAGUGUGAUCAAUAAAAUAUACAUUCUUUUUAA